AUGCUCCCAGCACUUACCCGCCCCCAGCUCAUGGAGUCUCACAACGACAGUCACUUCAAGGCGUACGCAAUGCCAGUCGUCAUCAUGCCCGGACCAAGGUCUCCUGCGAAUCUGCCCGAUCUCGUCAGGACGGCCUUUGCCAAGGCCCGUUCCGCCGGGGACCUUUCUUACUUUCCCACUCAGGUGACGACACUGCUCGUCGGCACCAUUCCGCUUCGCUUCUCCCCGGCACUGGCCAACAAACCGCGGGCUCCUCCCGCUUCGCCGUCACAAAAGCCCGCUGAUCCCUUCGCCAACCCCCCUCCCAGCCUGCACCUUUGCCCCCUCGGCCCGGCUCACUACCUCGUCCUGAACAAAUUCGCCAUCGUGCCGGAACACUUCAUUCUCGCCACCAAUGAAUUCAAACCCCAGAGUCAUGUCCUCGAAGAGGCAGAUUUGGGGGCGACGCUGGCCUGCAUCGGCGCCUAUGAAGGACAUGGCCAUGCCGCCGGCUUGUUCGCCUUCUUCAACGGCGGCGAGCAUUCGGGAGCCAGCCAGCCACAUAGGCAUUUACAGAUGCUCCCCGUGGCGAGGAUGCGGGACGGGCUGGAGGAGCACUCGGCCUGGAAUCUUCUUGCAGACGAGGCCGACCAGCUGCAAAGGGCGCCGUUCGUUGCCUUUACCGAAACCAUCAGCUUGAACACGUCCCCGGCAGAUCUGCAUGAAAAGUACCUGAAGCUUUAUCGACGAGCCUGUCGGGCUGUCGCGGCGCAAACGGGUCUCGCUUGGGACGGACCUGAGCCUCCAGCCGAGGGAGAGGCCCUCAUCAGCUACAACUUGGCCAUGACGAAGAACACCAUUGUCGUGCUGCCGCGCCUCGCCGAGGGAGCUGCAGUGGCCGAGAGGAGCGGUGAACCGGUUGGAAGGCUGGCAUUGAACGGGACCCUCCUGGCUGGCACAGCCCUCGUCAAGAUGGAGUCUGAGUGGGAGGCCCUCAAGGACGACCCCCGCGGGCUCGCCGAUGCCCUCCGCGCAAUUGGUAUACCGAGAGAGGAGUUUGAUGGAAAAGCACAAAAGCUAUGA